ACGUAGGGCACGAGGGGGAGCGCGCCCCGGGGACCUGCAGACACAACUUGGGUGCCUCUCCCCCGUCCCCUUCCCCAUCCUCGGGGACUCUUCCCGCAGUUGCUACUCGGUGGUCACUUUGCCUCCCGGGGAGGGUGGCUGUGUCCCCUCUCCGAGUCAAGAUGCUCCGGGGUCCGGGACCCGGCCUGCCGCUGCUGCUGUUGGCGGUCCUGUGCUUGGGGACCGCGGUGCGCUGCACCCGAGCCUCCAAGAGUAAGAGGCAGGCUCAGCAAAUCGUGCAGCCCCAGUCCCCGGUGCCUGUCAGUCAAAGCAAGCCUGGUUGUUUUGACAAUGGGAAACACUAUCAGAUAAACCAGCAAUGGGAGCGCACCUACCUAGGCAAUGCCUUGGUUUGUACCUGCUAUGGAGGUAGCCGAGGCUUUAACUGCGAGAGCAAACCGGAACCUGAAGAGACUUGUUUUGACAAGUAUACCGGGAACACUUACCGAGUGGGUGAGACUUACGAACGCCCUAAAGAUUCCAUGAUCUGGGACUGUACCUGCAUCGGGGCUGGGCGAGGGAGGAUCAGCUGCACCAUUGCAAACCGCUGCCAUGAAGGGGGUCAGUCCUACAAGAUCGGUGACACCUGGAGGAGACCACAUGAGACCGGUGGUUACAUGUUAGAGUGCGUGUGUCUGGGUAACGGGAAAGGAGAGUGGACCUGCAAGCCCAUAGCUGAGAAAUGUUUUGAUCAUGCUGCUAGGACUUCCUACGUUGUCGGGGAAACCUGGGAAAAGCCCUACCAGGGCUGGAUGAUGGUGGACUGUACUUGUCUGGGAGAAGGGAAUGGACGCAUCACUUGCACCUCCAGAAACAGAUGCAACGAUCAGGACACGAGGACAUCCUACCGGAUCGGGGACACCUGGAGCAAGAAGGAUAACCGCGGGAACAUGCUGCAGUGCGUGUGCACGGGCAACGGCCGCGGGGAGUGGAAGUGUGAGAGGCACGCCUCCGUGCAGAGCACCGGCACCGAUGUCCGAACAGCUAUUUACCAGCCCCAGCCUGCCUCAUAUGGCCACUGUGUCAUGGACAGCGGUGUGGUCUACUCCGUGGGGAUGCAGUGGCUGAAGACGCAAGGAAACAAGCAAAUGCUCUGCACCUGCCUGGGCAAUGGAGUCAGCUGUCAGGAGACAGCUGUGACCCAAACUUAUGGUGGCAAUUCCAACGGGGAGCCGUGUGUCCUCCCAUUCACCUAUAAUGGCAGGACCUUCUAUUCCUGCACCACAGAAGGGCGCCAAGAUGGCCACCUGUGGUGCAGCACGACUUUGAAUUAUGAGCAGGACCAGAAGUAUUCUUUCUGCACGGACCACACUGUUUUGGUUCAGACUCGAGGUGGGAAUUCCAAUGGUGCCUUGUGCCACUUCCCCUUCCUGUACAACAACCACAAUUACACCGACUGUACUUCUGAGGGCAGGAGGGACAACAUGAAAUGGUGUGGAACCACACAGAACUAUGAUGCUGACCAGAAGUUUGGAUUCUGUCCUAUGGCUGCCCAUGAGGAAAUCUGUACUACGAAUGAAGGGGUCAUGUAUCGCAUUGGAGAUCAGUGGGAUAAGCAGCAUGACAUGGGCCACAUGAUGAGGUGCACAUGCGUUGGGAAUGGUCGUGGGGAAUGGACGUGCGUCGCCUACUCCCAGCUCCGAGAUCAGUGCAUUGUUGACGACAUCACUUACAACGUGAACGACACGUUCCAUAAGCGUCACGAGGAGGGACACAUGCUGAACUGUACCUGCUUUGGUCAGGGCCGUGGCAAGUGGAAGUGCGAUCCCAUCGAUCAGUGCCAGGAUUCAGAAACCCGGACCUUUUAUCAGAUUGGCGACUCGUGGGAGAAGUUUGUGCAUGGUGUCCGAUACCAGUGCUACUGCUAUGGUCGUGGCAUCGGGGAGUGGCAUUGCCAGCCUUUACAGACCUACCCAGGCACAACUGGUCCUGUCCAAGUCAUUAUCACUGAGACCCCCAGCCAGCCCAACUCCCACCCCAUUCAGUGGAACGCUCCCGAGCCGUCUCACAUCACUCAGUACAUUCUCAGAUGGAGACCCAAAAACUCCGUGGGCCCCUGGAAGGAAGCUACCAUUCCAGGCAACCGCAACUCGUAUACCAUCAAAGGCCUGACCCCGGGUGUGAUCUACGAGGGGCAGCUUAUCAGCAUCCAGCAGUACGGCCACCGCGAAGUGACUCGCUUCGACUUCACCACCAGCGCCAGCACGCCCGUGACCAGCAACACCGUGACAGGAGAGACAACACCCUUUUCUCCUGUUGUGGCCACUUCGGAGUCUGUCACUGAAAUCACAGCCAGCAGCUUUGUGGUGUCCUGGGUCUCGGCUUCAGACACAGUGUCGGGAUUCCGCGUGGAGUACGAGCUGAGCGAGGAGGGAGAUGAGCCCCAGUACCUGGAUCUUCCAAGUACAGCUACUUCUGUGAACAUCCCUGACUUGCUUCCCGGCCGCAAGUACAUUGUCAACGUCUAUCAGAUAUCGGAAGAAGGAAAGCAGAGCCUGAUCCUGUCUACUUCCCAGACAACAGCACCUGAUGCCCCUCCUGACCCUGCCGUGGACCAGGUUGACGAUACCUCGAUUGUUGUUCGCUGGAGCAGACCCCAGGCGCCCAUCACAGGAUACAGGAUUGUCUAUUCGCCCUCAGUAGAAGGCGGUAGCACCGAGCUCAACCUUCCUGAAACUGCCAACUCCGUCACCCUCAGUGACCUGCAGCCGGGUGUUCAGUACAACAUCACUAUCUAUGCCGUGGAAGAGAACCAAGAGAGCACUCCUGUGUUCAUCCAACAAGAGACCACCGGCAUCCCGCAUUCAGGUAAAGUUUCCCCUCCCAGGGACCUGCAGUUUGUGGAGGUGACAGAUGUGAAGGUCACCAUCAUGUGGACUCCCCCUGACAGCGCUGUGACUGGCUACCGCGUGGAUGUGAUCCCCGUCAACCUACCUGGGGAGCACGGGCAGAGGCUACCUGUCAGCAGGAACACUUUUGCGGAAAUCCCGGGACUGACCCCUGGGGUCACUUACUAUUUCAAAGUGUUUGCUGUGAACCAGGGCAGAGAAAGCAAGCCACUCACUGCUCAACAGACGACCAAAUUGGAUGCUCCCACUAACCUCCAGUUCUUCAACGAAACUGACAGGAGCGUCCUGGUCACCUGGACUCCACCUCGGGCCCGGAUUGCAGGUUACCGACUGACGGUGGGCCCUACCCGAGGAGGCCAACCGAAGCAGUACAAUGUGGGGCCCUCAGCCUCCAAGUACCCCGUGCGGAAUCUGCAACCUGGGACUGAGUACACUGUGACCCUGAUGGCUGUGAAAGGCAACCAGCAGAGUCCCAAAGUCACUGGAAUCUUUACUACUCUGCAGCCUAUGAGCUCCAUUCCACCAUACGACACAGAGGUGACGGAGACCACCAUUGUGAUCACAUGGACCCCAGCUCCUAGGAUUGGAUUCAAGCUGGGUGUGCGACCGAGCGAGGGAGGUGAAGCCCCCCGCGAAGUAACUUCUGACUCUGGAAGCAUCGUAGUAUCUGGUUUGACUCCUGGCGUGGAGUAUACCUACACCAUUCAAGUCCUGAGAGACGGGCAAGAACGGGAUGCACCAAUCGUGAACAGGGUGGUGACACCGUUGUCUCCACCGACAAACUUGCACUUGGAGGCAAACCCGGACACUGGAGUGCUCACGGUCUCGUGGGAGAGGAGCACCACCCCCGAUAUCACUGGCUAUAGAAUUACCACAACUCCCAUGAAUGGGCAGCAGGGAAGUUCUUUGGAAGAAGUGGUUCACGCUGAUCAGAGUUCCUGUACUUUUGAAAACCUGAAUCCUGGCCUGGAAUACAAUGUCAGUGUUUACACUGUCAAAGAUGACAAGGAAAGUGUCCCUAUCUCUGAUACCAUCAUCCCAGAGGUGCCCCAACUCACUGACCUAAGCUUUGUUGAUAUAACCGAUUCAAGCAUCGGCCUGAGGUGGACCCCGCUAAACUCUUCCACCAUUAUUGGGUACCGCAUCACAGUAGUUGCGGCGGGAGAAGGUAUCCCUAUUUUUGAAGAUUUUGUGGACUCCUCAGUAGGAUACUACACAGUUACAGGGCUGGAGCCUGGCAUUGACUAUGACGUCAGCGUCAUCACUCUCAUUAAUGGCGGAGAGAGUGCCCCUGCUACGCUGACACAGCAAACGGCUGUGCCUCCUCCCACUGACCUGCGAUUCACCAAUGUUGGUCCAGACACUAUGCGUGUCACCUGGGCCCCGCCUCCAUCGAUUGAGCUGACCAACCUGCUGGUGCGCUAUUCACCAGUGAAGAACGAGGAAGACGUGGCCGAGUUGUCCAUUUCUCCUUCUGACAAUGCAGUGGUCUUAACAAAUCUCUUACCUGGGACAGAAUAUUUAGUCAGUGUCUCCAGUGUCUACGAACAGCAUGAGAGCAUACCUCUUACAGGAAGACAGAAAACAGGUCUUGAUUCCCCAACUGGCUUUGAUUCUUCUGAUAUCACUGCCAACUCGUUCACUGUCCACUGGAUGGCUCCUCGAGCGCCCAUCACAGGCUUCAAAAUUCGUCAUCACCCUGAGCACGCUAGUGGCAGACCCCGAGAAGACCGAGUGCCACCCUCGAGGAAUUCCAUCACUCUCACCAACCUCAGCCCGGGCACGGAAUAUAUCAUCAGCAUCGUUGCUGUUAAUGGCAGAGAGGAGAGCGCCCCCUUGAUUGGCCAACAGUCGACAGUUUCUGAUGUCCCAAGGGAUCUAGAAGUCAUUGCUUCAACCCCCACCAGCCUGCUGAUCAGCUGGGAGGCACCUCCUGUCACCGUGAGGUACUACCGGAUCACCUAUGGAGAAACAGGAGGAAAUAGCCCUGUGCAGGAGUUCACUGUGCCUGGGAGCAAGUCCACCGCGACCAUCAGCGACCUUAAGCCUGGAGCUGAUUAUGCCAUCACCGUAUAUGCUGUCACUGGCCGUGGGGACAGCCCGGCCAGCAGCAAGCCGAUUUCCAUUGAUUAUCGAACAGAGAUUGACAAGCCAUCCCAGAUGCAGGUGACGGACGUUCAGGAUAACAGCAUUAGCGUCAGAUGGCUGCCUUCCAGUUCUCCUGUCACAGGCUACAGAGUGACCACCACUCCCAAAAAUGGUGUAGGACCAUCAAGAACAAAAACAGCAGGUCCAGAUCAAACAGAAAUGACCAUUGAAGGCUUGCAGCCCACAGUGGAGUAUGUGGUUAGUGUAUAUGCCCAGAAUCGAAAUGGAGAGAGCCAGCCCCUGGUUCAAACUGCGGUGACCAACAUUGAUCGCCCUAAAGGACUGGCAUUCACUGAUGUGGAUGUCGAUUCCAUCAAAAUUGCUUGGGAAAGCCCACAGGGGCAAGUUUCCAGGUACAGGGUGACCUACUCGAGCCCUGAGGAUGGAAUCCAUGAGCUAUUCCCUGCACCUGAUGGUGAAGAAGACACUGCAGAGCUGCAAGGCCUCAGGCCGGGUUCUGAGUACACAGUCAGUGUGGUUGCCUUGCACGAUGAUAUGGAGAGCCAGCCCCUGAUUGGAAUCCAGUCCACAGCCAUUCCUCCUCCAACCAACCUGAAGUUCACUCAAGUGACGCCUACAAGCUUGAGCGCCCAGUGGACAGCACCCAACGUUCAGCUCACUGGCUAUAGAGUGCGUGUGACCCCGAAGGAGAAGACUGGGCCGAUGAAGGAAAUCAACCUUUCUCCAGACAGCUCCUCUGUGGUUGUAUCAGGACUCAUGGUGGCUACCAAAUAUGAAGUGAGUGUCUAUGCUCUCAAGGACACAUUGACAAGCAGACCAGCUCAGGGAGUCGUUACUACUCUGGAGAAUGUCAGCCCUCCAAGAAGGGCCCGCGUGACAGAUGCUACGGAAACCACAAUCACCAUCAGCUGGAGAACCAAGACAGAGACGAUCACUGGCUUCCAAGUGGAUGCCAUCCCAGCCAGUGGCCAGACCCCAGUUCAGAGGACCAUCAGCCCGGAUGUCAGAAGUUACACCAUCACAGGUUUACAGCCCGGCACUGACUAUAAGAUCUACCUAUACACCCUGAACGACAACGCCCGGAGCUCACCCGUCAUCAUCGACGCCGCCACUGCCAUCGAUGCCCCAUCCAACCUGCGCUUCCUGACCACCACGCCCAACUCCCUGCUGGUAUCAUGGCAGCCGCCCCGUGCCAGGAUUACUGGCUACAUCAUCAAGUAUGAGAAGCCCGGGUCCCCUCCCAGAGAAGUGGUCCCUCGGCCCCGCCCUGGUGUUACAGAAGCCACCAUUACUGGCCUGGAGCCAGGAACCGAGUACACCAUCUACGUCAUUGCCCUGAAGAACAACCAGAAGAGCGAGCCCCUGAUCGGCAGGAAAAAGACAGAUGAGCUUCCCCAACUGGUAACCCUUCCACACCCCAAUCUUCAUGGACCAGAGAUCUUGGAUGUUCCCUCCACAGUUCAAAAGACCCCAUUCAUCACCAACUCUGGGUAUGACACCGGAAAUGGUAUUCAGCUUCCUGGCACAUCCCAUCAGCAGCCCAGUGUUGGGCAACAAAUGAUCUUUGAGGAACAUGGUUUUAGGCGGACCACGCCACCCACCGCGGCCACCCCAGUAAGGCAUAGGCCAAGACCAUACCCGCCGAAUGUAGAGGAGGACAUCCAAAUCGGUCACGUCCCCAGGGGAGACGUUGACCACCACCUCUACCCCCACACCGUGGGGCUCAAUCCAAAUGCUUCUACAGGACAGGAAGCUCUCUCUCAGACAACCAUCUCUUGGACGCCAUUCCAGGAGAGCUCUGAGUACAUCAUUUCAUGUCAGCCUGUGGGUGUCGACGAAGAGCCUUUACAGUUCCGAGUCCCUGGAACUUCUAACACUGCCACUCUAACGGGCCUGACCAGAGGGGCCACCUACAACAUCAUAGUGGAGGCACUGAAAAACCAGAGGAGGCACAAGGUGCGGGAGGAGGUCGUUACUGUGGGCAACUCCGUCAACGAAGGCCUGAGCCAACCCACAGAUGACUCAUGCUUUGACCCCUACACGGUCUCCCACUACGCCAUCGGAGAGGAGUGGGAGCGGUUGUCCGAAUCUGGCUUUAAGCUCACGUGCCAGUGCUUAGGCUUUGGCAGUGGGCAUUUCCGAUGCGAUUCGUCUAAAUGGUGCCAUGACAAUGGUGUGAACUACAAGAUUGGUGAGAAGUGGGAUCGCGAAGGAGAAAAUGGUCAGAGGAUGAGCUGCACGUGCCUGGGGAACGGAAAAGGCGAAUUCAAGUGUGAUCCCCAUGAGGCCACAUGCUACGAUGAUGGAAAGACAUACCAUGUGGGAGAGCAGUGGCAGAAGGAGUAUCUGGGUGCCAUUUGCUCCUGCACGUGCUUCGGUGGCCAGCGGGGCUGGCGCUGUGACAACUGCCGCAGACCUGGGGCCGAACCCCAUCCUGAGGGCGCCACUGGCCACUCCUACAACCAGUACACACAGAGAUACCACCAGAGGACAAACACGAAUGUCAACUGCCCAAUUGAGUGCUUCAUGCCUUUAGAUGUGCAGGCUGACAGAGAAGAUUCCAGAGAAUGAUGUUAGCAACGUAAAUGAACAAGCGUGCUUCUCUGCCAAGGUCCAUCCAGACUGGAGUGAUGUUAGCAGAUCCCAUCUUUGAGUGUGUUUCUCCCUUAAGCCUUUUGCUCUGGAAAACUCUCCAGCUUCAGCUCAACUCACAGCUUCUCCAAGCACCACCUUAGGGGGGUGUUUGAGACGUGUCUCAUAAACAUGGCCAUUUGUUGCUUCAGAAUAUUCAAUACCGCUCAGUAUUUCAAAGAUUCUCAGAGUGAAUUGGUUUGGGAUCGAUAGGGAAGCAUAGGUAGCCAACCCAGAUGCCAAGUGUACUGAAUGAUAUCACCCAAAUCUUGUGUAGGAAAGUUACCCAACACUUCUGCCUCCACGUAACUGGCCUGCAACAUGCAGGAAUGGCAUGUGAUGUUUGAAAUACCCACAGUACUCACUUUGUCCAAACAAUUCUACUAAUUGCCUAGAUAUACUUUUUCUUACCUGUUAUUUAUCAAUUUUUCCCAGUAUUUUUAUAUGAAAAAAAUUGUAUUAAAGACAUUCAGUAUGCAAUUGAUAAGAAUUUGGUAUAAUUAUGGUUGGUGAUUAUUUUUUAUACUGUACAUGCCAAAGCUUUACUACUGUGGAAAAACAACUGUUUUAAUAAAAGAUUUACAUUCCACAA